CUCCAGUUGGCAGGACUUCCCCAUCCUGCCCCCUCCCUCAGGGCUGCCAGGCAUAUCCCUGCCUGGGCCUCCUGGCACAAGAGAUAAAAUGAACAGGGCUACUCCCAGCAACUGGUCCAGCAGAUACCAGCAGGGAGGGAGCAGGAGAGAAGGAACAUGUCAGGGUGCUCACAGGAGUAGCUGGGGGGAAGUUUUGCUCUUUCCAGAUUCUUAAGCCAACAAAAGUGCCUUCAUCAUUUUUUGUCUGAAAGACAGAAAGCCCAGAAGGAGCCCAGAAGUAACAGUUCAACACAGGUGCUUCCUGCAGCCUAGUGGAUAAGAGGAGCGGCCUGCAGCCAUGGGACAGGCCCUGGGUAUCAAGAGCUGCGACUUUCAGGCAGCAAGAAACAAUGAGGAGCACCACACCAAGGCCUUCAGCUCCCGGCGCCUCUUUGUGAGGAGGGGGCAGCCCUUCACCAUCAUCCUGCACUUCCGCGCUCCAGUCCACGCAUUUCUGCCUGCCCUGAAGAAGGUGGCCCUCAUUGCACAAACUGGAGAGCAGCCUUCCAAGGUCAACAGGACUCAAGCCACAUUCCCAGUGUCCAGUCUGGGGGACCGAAAGUCGUGGAGUGCAGCGGUGGAGGAGAGAGAUGCCCAGUCCUGGACCAUCUCUGUGACCACACCCGCGGACGCUGUCAUUGGCCGCUACUCGCUUCUGCUGCAGGUCUCAGGCAGGAAGCCACGCCUCUUGGGCUGGUUCACAUUGCUCUUUAACCCCUGGAGUAGAGAGGAUGCCGUGUUCCUGAAGAAUGAAGCUCAGCGCACAGAGUACUUGUUGAACCAGAAUGGUCUCAUCUACCUGGGCACAGCUGACUGCAUCCAGGCAGAGCCCUGGGACUUUGGCCAGUUCGAGGGGGAUGUCAUCGACCUCAGCCUGCGCUUGCUGAGCAAGGACAAGCAGGUAGAGAAGUGGAGCCAGCCAGUGCACGUGGCCCAUGUGUUGGGUGCCUCGCUGCAUUAUCUCAAGGAGAAGAGGGUCCUGCCCACCCCGCAGACCCAGACCACCCAGGAAGGGGCCUUGCUGAACAAGCGCCGGGGCAGCGUGCCCAUCCUGCGGCAGUGGCUCACCGGCCGAGGCCGACCUGUGUAUGAUGGCCAGGCCUGGGUGUUGGCCGCUGUUGCUUGCACAGUGCUGCGAUGCCUGGGAAUCCCUGCCCGUGUGGUGACCACGUUUGCCUCAGCACAGGGCACCGGCGGGCGUCUGCUCGUAGAUGAGUACUAUAAUGAGGAGGGACUUCAGAACGGAGAAGGCCAGAGAGGCAGAAUCUGGAUCUUCCAGACUUCCACAGAGUGCUGGAUGACACGGCCUGCCUUGCCCCAGGGUUAUGAUGGAUGGCAGAUUCUGCACUCAAGUGCUCCUAAUGGAGGUAGAGUCCUGGGGUUCUGUGAUCUCGUGCCGGUCAGAGCAGUCAAGGAGGGGACACUGAGGCUGACCCCAGCAGUGUCAGACCUUUUUGCUGCCAUAAAUGCCUCAUGUGUGGUCUGGAAGUGCUGUGAGGAUGGGAAACUGGAGUUGACUGACUCCAACACAAAGUACGUUGGCAACAACAUCAGCACCAAGGGUGUGGGCAGUGACCGCUGUGAGGACAUCACUCAGAACUACAAGUAUCCUGAAGGGUCUCUUCAGGAAAAAGAGGUGCUGGAGAGAGUUGAGAAAGAGAAAAUGGAACAUGGGAAAGACAACGGCAUCCGUCCUCCCACUCUCCAGACUGCCAAUCCUCUGUACCUGCUCUUGAAAGCACCCAGCUCCCUACCCCUGAGAGGGGAUACCCAGAUCUCAGUGACGCUGGUUAACCACAGUGAGCAGGAGACAGCAGUGCUGCUGGCAAUCGGGGUCCAGGCUGUGCACUACAACGGUGUCCUUGCUGCCGAACUCUGGAGGAAGAAGCUGCACCUCACGCUCAGUGCCAACCUGGAUGCCAGAGAAAGCAGAGCAGUAUCAACCCCUCACAGCCUCAGUCAGCAUCCAGAACUCCCUAGAUGCCCCCAUGGAGGACUGUGUGAUCUCCAUCCUGGGAAGGGGGCUCAUUCACAGAGAGAGGAGGUACAGAUUUGGUUCAGUGUGGCCUGAAAACACCAUGUGUACCGAGUUCCAGUUCACGCCAACACAUGUGGGGCUCCAGAGGCUCACUGUGGAAAUGGACUGCAACAUGUUCCAGAACCUAACCAACUAUAAAAAUGUCACCGUGGUAGCCCCUGAACUUUCAGCUUAAAUUUCCAGCUCUAUCACCACUCUCCUGCCAACCCUUGCUCUACAGUCUAAACCAAACAUGUGCUAGGAAGAGAAACUUUGCGUCUCAGUGUUUGUGUUGCUAUAAAGGAAUACCUGAGGCUGGGUAGUUUAAAAGAAAAGAGGUGUAUUUGGCUCACAGCUCUGCAGGCUGUACAAGAAACAGUGAGGGCUUCAGGAUGCUUCUACUCAUGCAGGAAGGUGAAGGGAGCCAACGUGAGCAGAGAUCAUAGGGCAAGAAUGGGUGGCGGGGGGUGGGUG